AAGUUCGGCAUUAUCGAGGGCUUGAUGACCACCGUCCACGCAAUGACUGCAACACAGCUUACCGUGGACGGCCCCUCUCGCGGUGGCAAGGAUUGGCGUGGAGGACGAUGCGCCUCCCAGAACAUCAUUCCUUCCUCCACUGGCGCUGCCAAGGCUGUGGGCAAAGUCAUCCCGGCGAUGAACAAGAAGCUGACAGGGAUGGCGUUCCGUGUGCCUACGCCGGAUGUGUCCGUGGUGGACUUGACCUGCCGUCUUGAGAAGCCCGGAAAGUACGAGGAGAUUGUCGCUGCCAUCAAGGAGGCGGCUGCGGGACCCAUGAAGGGCGUCCUUGACUGGACGGAUGAGGAGGUGGUGUCUACGGAUUUUGUGACUUGCAAGGCUUCCUCCAUCUUCGACGUCGCAGCCGGUAUCUCGCUGAACGACAAUUUCGUGAAGUUGGUCAGCUGGUACGACAACGAGUGGGGCUACUCAAACCGUCUGGUGGAGCUUGCCAUCCACAUGAGCAAGGUCGAUGCCUGA